UGACAUUGGGUGUGUCUGACAGGAGCUAAGUAUGUCUGACAGGAGCUAAGUAUGUCUGACAGGGGAGUGACGUAUGUCUGACAGAAGCAGGUAUUAGCUGGAAGUGUCUGCCUGACCACAUAAAUGGAUGCCUACCUGGUGCAAGUAUUCUCAUGUAUCCUUAUUAAUUCUCUUCCAUUGUCGUAUCCUGUGUAUCGCCGAUCGUGACAAACCGAGACCCUGGCCAGAGAUCCGCACGGAUCGUGCUAUAAUGGCCUCGGGCGAUCAACGGAUCAACCCCCGAGCCAUUCCAUUGGGUAGUUUGCAGCCAAAUCACUCCUGCCAAGUCCGUCUUCUCGUAAAUUCCCCGGAAGCGACGUGCACCAGGCGAUCGGUGGCGGCGUGUCUGACAGCACGCCGUGCAGCUGUUGGGCCGCACGGUAGGUUGAUUUGUCAGAUUGCCCAUCAUCGCAAAGUGGGGCACGUCCAAUGCUUACUAACACCGUUGGAUGGCGGUAGUUUUGAUGCGGAUUUUACGGCAAUAACUUGCCGCUUCGAACGUGCUGGAAAAAUCGGGGUGCGAUUGACGGUUUUCCGCGAUCUUUUCCUGGCGAAAGAUAACCCCGUUAGCCACCAAACGCCGGAGCUGGGGUUAUCGUAAACGACCAUGGGGUGAAGUGGCUGAUUAGGGCACUUUGGCAGGCGGUGACUGGCAGGCCAAUGGGCGCACGUUGUUCCACCAGUCACUGCCCUCCUGGGUCAGCCGUUUGUCUGCGCAAUCUGGUAGCUUCCCCGGCACCUCAUCCUGCUCUGACACUGGUGGCGGGCACCCACAUGACGCCACUGUAAACAGCAAAUCUGGUUGCUGCUCGCACAGACAUUAACUGCAAUCUUGCCCAGGUUGCCGAGGGGUCGCAUCCGCACGGACAUUCUGCACUUAGCAAUUACUGUCUCCGAAAUG